UAUCGGAAUCAAAUUGCUGAGCCUGUCCCCUGUGUUCCGUGAACGGAAGCAGAAAUGUCCUCAGCAAAACCAGCCAUUCCUACCCCACUGACUGAUUUGAAGAUUCAGUAUACUAAGAUCUUCAUAAACAAUGAAUGGCAUGAUUCAGUGAGUGGCAAGAAAUUUCCUGUUAUUAAUCCUGCAACGGAAGAGAUAAUUUGUGAGGUAGAAGAAGGAGAUAAGGCAGAUGUUGACAAAGCAGUGAAGGCCGCAAGACAGGCCUUUCAGAUCGGCUCUCCAUGGCGUACUAUGGAUGCUUCAGAGAGGGGACGCCUCCUGUACAAGCUGGCUGACUUAAUUGAAAGAGAUCGACUGCUGCUGGCAACAAUGGAGGUGAUAAAUGCUGGGAAAGUAUUUUCUAGUACAUAUCUGAUGGAAAUGGAACUCUCUAUAAAUGGAUUACGCUACUUUGCAGGCUGGGCUGACAAGAUCCAGGGCCGCACCAUACCUAUAGAUGGAGACUUCUUCACUUAUACAAGACGUGAACCUAUUGGUGUAUGUGGCCAAAUCAUUGCUUGGAACUUCCCGUUGAUCCUCCUGGUGUGGAAGAUAGGGUCAGCUCUCAGCUGUGGAAACACAGUGAUUCUCAAACCAGCAGAGCAAACUCCCCUCACUGCUCUUCACGUGGCAUCGUUAAUUAUAGAGGCAGGUUUUCCUCCUGGAGUGGUGAAUAUCGUCCCUGGCUAUGGGCCCACUGCAGGGGCAGCCAUCUCCUCACACAUGGACAUUGACAAAGUGGCCUUCACAGGAUCGACAGAGGUUGGCAAAAUAAUUAAAGAAGCUGCCGGGAAGAGCAAUCUGAAGAGGGUCACCCUGGAGCUGGGGGGGAAGAGCCCUUGCAUCGUGUUUGCUGAUGCUGACCUGGACACUGCUGUAGAAUCUGCCCAUGUAGGCCUAUUCUUCCACCAGGGCCAAUGCUGUGUAGCUGCAUCCAGGCUUUUUGUGGAAGAAACGAUUUAUGAUGAGUUUGUUCAAAGGAGUGUUGAGCGGGCGAAGAAAUACGUUCUUGGAAACCCUCUGACCCCAGGUGUAAAUCAUGGCCCUCAGAUUGACAAGGAGCAGCACAAUAAAAUACUUGACCUCAUUGAGAGUGGGAAGAAACAAGGGGCCAAACUGGAACUGGGCGGAGGCCCCUGGGGGAAGAAAGGCUACUUCAUCCAGCCCACAGUUUUCUCCAAUGUGACAGAUGAGAUGCGCAUCGCCAAAGAGGAGAUAUUUGGACCAGUGCAACAAAUCAUGAAGUUUAAAUCUUUAGAUGAAGUGAUCAAGAGAGCAAACAAUACGACCUAUGGUUUAGCAGCAGGAGUCUUUACCAAAGACCUUGACAAAGCAGUGAUGGUCUCCUCUGCUCUGCAGGCGGGGACAGUGUGGGUAAAUUGCUAUGGCGGAGGAGGCAUGCAAUGCCCCUUUGGUGGAUACAAAAUGUCUGGAAAUGGACGAGAACUGGGUGAAGAAGGUUUCCAUGAAUACACUGAGAUCAAAACUGUCACAAUGAAAAUCUCUCAGAAGAACUCAUAAUCCACAGGAGUGAGGACUCUUCAAUGAGCUGUCAUCUCUUCCAGUCCCUAUGGUAUUAGAAUUUAACAUAAAAUUUAUAUUAUUGAACUUUUCAGUUAUCAUAUGACUAUUAAUAAUAUACAUUAAAAAGCAGACAUGGAGCUUAUUGUGAAAGAAUCAUUUACUUUUGGAUAUAAAUGAUGGAUUUGAAUGCUAGAUCUCUAGCUUUGCAGUAGUGACAUACAUUUCUUUGUAGAUAUUGUCAGAAAUCAUCAUUCUGUAGGAGAGGCCCAACAGUCAUUCAGGCCUUUGCCCUCAGUGACUGCUUGAAGUACUUAACAUUUGUAUUAAUGACCCUGAGUGGCUCUGCUCCCAGUAAUCAUGGUGUCUGUGGAGGGUCUUGAAGGGUUUCCUCAAAUGUCAUGACUGCUUGUCAAAUGAGAUAUUUUACUGUAAUAUGCAUAUAAAGCCUAAU